AGAACCUGGGUCGCGCGCUGCAGGACGCGUCGCCCCAGGUCCCGCUUCCACGUGCGAGCCUGCUGCGCCGUCCUGCCGUCGCAGUAGCUGUGGAAGGACGUUCACGCGCGGACGCCUGCUGCUGGAUCGCUCGCCAGUGCCCGCCGUCCGACGUGCACCCAUGGAGGGCCUGGGUCGCUCGUGCCUGUGGCUGCGUGGCGAGCUGGAGCCGCCGCGCUCUCCUCUGCUGCUCCUGGACUGUCGCAGUCGGGAGCUGUACGAAUCGGCGCGCAUCCGCGGGGCGCUGAGCGUGGCGCUGCCCACGCUGCUGCUGCGCCGCCUGCGGAGGGGGAGCCUGUCGGUGCGCUCGCUGCUGCCCGGGCCGCCGCUGCACUCCCCGCCGGCGCCUGUGCUGCUGUACGACCAGGGUGGGGGCCGGCGCCGGCGUGGGGACGCCGCAGAAGCCGCGGCCGGGGCCGGGGCCGGGGCCGAGGCUGAGACCGAGGAGUGGGAGGCCGAGUCGCUGCUGGGCACCCUGCUGAAGAAGCUGCGCGAGGAAGGCUACCUGGCCUACUAUCUCCAGGGUGGCUUCAGCAGGUUCCAGGCCGAGUGCCCCCUCCUGUGUGAGAGCAGCCUCACCAACCGAGAGGGCUCCAGCCUGGCACCGCUGCCCAGCCCCAUGCCCGUGGUGGGGCUAGGCGGCCUGUGCCUGGUCUCAGAGAAUUCGGAUGCAGAGUCCGAGGCUGACCGCGACUCCAUGACCUGUAGCCUGGAUCCCCGGAGCACCACGUCGCCACCUGUGGGGCUGAUGCCCGCUUUCCCAGUGCAGAUCCUGCCCAACCUCUACCUGGGCACUGCCCGAGAUUCGGCUAACCUGGAGAGCCUGGCUAAGCUGGGCAUCCGCUACAUCCUCAAUGUCACCCCCAACCUCCCAAACCUCUUUGAGAAGAACGGUGACUUCCACUACAAGCAGAUCCCCAUCUCGGACCACUGGAGCCAGAACUUGUCCCAGUUCUUUCCAGAGGCCAUCACGUUCAUUGAUGAGGCCUUGUCCCAGAACUGCGGGGUGCUCGUUCACUGCCUGGCGGGAGUCAGCCGCUCUGUCACCGUCACUGUGGCCUACCUCAUGCAAAAGCUCCACCUGUCCCUCAAUGAUGCUUAUGACCUUGUGAAGAGGAAGAAGUCGAACAUCUCACCCAACUUCAACUUCAUGGGGCAGCUGCUGGAUUUUGAGCGCAGCCUGCGCCUGGAAGAACGGCGCAGGCGGGGCCAGAGCUCGACUGUCUCUGAUCCCCCGUCCUUCUUCACCACUCCCACCAGCGAUGGGGUCUUCGAGCUAGAUGCCACAUAACACCCCAAGGGCCCAAGGGUUGCUCCCUGCCCACCCUGCCAAGUGGUGCUAGGUCACCUGUGAGGGGGGAAGAGAG